CCGACACGGUUGCUCCUGGACCAAACGAAGGUGCGGGAGCUGGAAGAGGCAGCCCCGAGGAGGGGCCGCAGAAUGCCCCGCCGCAAGCCCCCGCCGCGAUGGCCAGGCUGCCCCGCUCGCUCUCCAACGACCCCAAAACGCUUCCCUCCGAAGAAGCUAAGCCAAACGAUUUCGAGAGGACCAAGGUCGGCAUCUGCAAGCUCAGCAGCACCCCGGUGCAAGCCAACUCCACGGUGCGGAGGGAAUCCGGGGAGACCUUCCCCUACAAGCACGCCGCUGGGGCCGGGGCCGCCGGGCAGGCUGCGAUCCCCCCCUGCAAAAUUCCCGCAUUGCAAAGCACGGACGGGGACGCUACCCUGAACCUUGGGAAGGGCACGCUGGAGCGAAACAACGCCAAAGGCGCCUGGGUGACCUUGAGCCAGAGCACCGUGGUACUGGGCACGGAUGGCAACACUUCUGUCCUUCCCGGCAGAGUGGAGGGGGAAGACGAUGUAGGGGAUGAAAAUAAAGCCCGAGGGAACUGGUCUAGCAAGCUGGAUUUCAUCCUCUCCAUGGUGGGUUAUGCAGUGGGGCUGGGCAAUGUCUGGAGGUUCCCGUACCUGGCCUUUAAGAAUGGGGGAGGUGCGUUCCUCAUCCCCUAUUUGAUGAUGCUGGCGCUCGCUGGGAUCCCCAUUUUCUUCCUGGAGGUCUCCCUGGGGCAGUUCGCCAGCCAGGGCCCUGUGUCGGUGUGGAAAGCCAUCCCUGCCUUGCAAGGCUGCGGCAUCGCGAUGCUCAUCAUCUCCGUCCUGAUAGCCAUCUACUACAACAUCAUCCUGUGCUACACACUCUUCUACCUGUUCGCCUCCUUCGUGCCCGUGCUGCCUUGGGCUUCCUGUAACAACCCCUGGAACACGCCAGAUUGUAAAGAUAAGAACAAACUUUUACUAGAUUCAUGCAUUAUUGGUGACCAACCAAAAAUACAAAUCAAGAACUCGACUUUUUGUAUGAGUGCCUAUCCAAACUUGACUAUGGUUAACUUCACCAGUGAAGGAAACAAAACAUUUGUCAGCGGAAGUGAAGAAUAUUUUAAGUACUUUGUAUUGAAGAUUUCAGCUGGGAUAGAAUAUCCUGGUGAGAUUAGAUGGCCCUUGGCAUUGUCUCUUUUCCUAGCCUGGGUGAUUGUAUAUGCCUCCCUUGCUAAAGGAAUCAAGUCAUCAGGAAAAGUGGUGUACUUUACAGCUACGUUCCCCUAUGUAGUUCUCAUCAUCCUUCUUAUAAGAGGUGUAACUCUACCUGGAGCUGGAGCUGGAAUCUGGUACUUCAUCACACCCAAGUGGGAGAAGCUAAUUGAUGCUAUGGUUUGGAAGGAUGCUGCCACGCAGAUUUUCUUCUCCUUAUCUGCAGCAUGGGGAGGUCUAAUCACUCUCUCGUCUUACAACAAAUUCCAUAAUAAUUGCUACAGGGACACAUUGAUAGUCACAUGUACCAACAGUGCCACAAGUAUAUUUGCAGGCUUUGUCAUCUUCUCAGUUAUUGGCUUCAUGGCAAAUGAGCUCAAAGUGAAUAUUGAAGCUGUUGCAGACCAAGGUCCUGGAAUUGCUUUCGUGGUUUACCCGGAAGCCUUAACUAGGCUUCCGCUUUCUCCGUUCUGGGCUAUAAUUUUCUUUUUGAUGCUUCUGACACUUGGAUUGGACACGAUGUUUGCUACUAUCGAGACUAUAGUGACCUCUGUUUCAGAUGAGUUUCCCAAAUACUUACGUACGCACAAGGCAUUGUUCACUCUUGGGUGCUGCAUUUCCUUUUUCAUCAUGGGAUUUCCUAUGAUCACUCAGGGUGGAAUGUAUAUGUUACAGCUCGUGGACACUUAUGCAGCUUCUUAUUCUCUUGUCAUCAUAGCCAUCUUUGAACUUGUUGGAGUUUCCUACAUUUAUGGAUUGCAAAGAUUUUGUGAAGAUAUAGAAAUGAUGAUUGGAUUCCAGCCAAGUAAAUUCUGGCGAGUCUGUUGGGCUUUCGUGACCCCUACUAUCUUAACGUUUAUUCUUUGCUUCAGUUUUUACCAAUGGGAACCAAUGACUUACGGAGCUUACCACUACCCGGGCUGGUCAAUGGUGCUUGGAUGGCUGAUGCUGGCCUGCUCGGUUAUUUGGAUCCCAGUUAUGUUUGUGAUAAAAAUGCAUCUAGCCCCGGGCAAGUUUAUUGAGCGACUCAAGUUGGUGUGCUCUCCGCAGCCAGACUGGGGCCCGUUUUUGGCCAAGCACCGUGGUGAACGUUACAUGAAUAUGAUCGAUCCACUGGGAACAUCUUCCCUGGGACUUAAACUGCCAGUGAAGGAUAUAGAAUUGGGGACCCAAUGCUAAUAAUUAUUACAUUGGUGACAAUAACAUUGUCAGCCUUUUCAGCUAUUUUUUCCAAUUUAUUUCCCCGCCAUUUUUUCCUGUUUAUUUUUCUUCUUUUUCCACAGUGCCUGAAAGUGGCUGCUUAGGAAAGUAGGACUGACUGUUGCAUGCCAUAGGGAGACCUAUCUAGACCACUUCCAGGUGCAGGUGACGCUCAUUCUGUUUUGGGUGAAAUAGCAAAAGCAUGUUGCACAGUGGGUUACGUACCAGUAUUUUUCAGGUUAUAUGUAAAUAAACAAACAAACAAAAAAACAACAGAAAAAACUUUAAAGGAAAUUAUGUGCAAAAUUUGACCAGUUUCAUGCAAGCAUCCUUGUAACAGCCAAAGAUGGGACUAGGAUUUUGUUUUUGUUACCCAUGUAAUCAAUGGGAGGUUCAGCUCUCAGGAUGGAAGUGAGAGCAGGAGGAGAUCUCCUGUAGCCCUGGUGUGAGUCCAGCAUGAGGCUGUUGUGAUAAGUGGAGUCGCUUUGUCUACACUGACAGCAGGCCUUGACUCAUUGUCACACACUUUUUGUGUAAGUAUGAAUUAUACUAACUUUGAGGACUUGCUGAGGACUAGCAGACACCCUUUAAAUAGCAUGCCAGUAGGCAAUAUGUGGGAUCAGAACAGAAACACAAUGGUCCGUUUGGUGUUUUUGAGUAGGAAAAAAAAAAAAAGCAAAAUUUAGGAAAAAAAUCAUUUGAGAUUGGGGUAAACUGUAUUUGAACCUAUAAGUGGUUUAGAAAGCAUGCCAGACAGGAUUAUGGGCAUCAGUUGAAAGUACUGUCAUACGUUUCUUUCUGUAAUUUGAUAUCUGUCAUUUCAAUUGGAAAUGACUCAGUUACACCAUGUGUCCGAAACCUGGCUCCGCUGGCAAACUGUAUGUACUUGAAGUGCUACUGCGGUUUUACUCACUGAACUCCAAUACUUUUGAACAUAGCUUUCCUUGUUUCUCUGCUUUUGUUUACAGUAUCUCCUCAAGAAGCCAUCAUAUAAUUUGUGCCUAACUUUGUAUUCUUACAGUGGUAAGUGUAGUCUGGUUACCACCUGACAGCAGUUAUUAGAAGUUAGAUGUGCUGUUCAGCUUUGUUACUCCCCAUUCAUUCUCUUUACACAACCUUUAGAUGUAUUCUUCUCUUUCAACCAACGGGGAAAUAGCAGAACCCCAGUUGUCUAUAUAUUAUAUAUAUAGCACGUAAAUUCUUCAAACUGGUAUCCUCUGGAAUGUACAUAGUUUUCUUUCUAUGUUUUUCCAUUUAGAACGCCUUCAUCAUGUAGAAACAAAAAACCCCACAAUAAUUAACAAAUGCAGUUAUCAACAUGGAUGCAGCAUUAGAUAUACAAAAUGCAAGGGCUGGAGGGAGAGGACGAUAUAUUAUACGGCCAUGGUAACACUGAAGAGCGAUAGGACAUUCUAAAUCAUUACAUUUUAGACAUCAGAUACGUGGCAAUAUGAAUGUUAGACUCAAAUAGUUGUUACUUACUGGGCAGAGUAAAAAUAGAGCUUUUUAGGAGCACAUUUAUUUAUCUGAAUAGAAAAUUAGCCCAUUUUUAUUGUAAAUGCACUAGAAUGAGGGAGAAAAAUAUAUCUUCAAUAAUUGGCACAACUGUAACCUUUACGAUCUUGUUAGAUCCUAUACAUACAGAUAUGAUAUUUUUUACCAGUGAUCAGUGUUCACAUAGUAUGUAUUAGUGAUGUUUUAUGUCCCUAUAAGUAUCUUAUCGACCAGUGUAGAGAUGGUGAGCUUAGAGUAGUUUUAGCCUGUUUUCCCUCCCCACACACACUUGUAGUAGCCAAUAAAUGUUCUUUCCUUUCAGGGGACUGUUUCUAUCCUGUUCUUUUGUCUGUCUGUCUGCAUAUUACAGGGUCUCAGGUAAAUCCUCAGUUAAUGUGUGUCUGUAGAUCAGUAGCUGUGUUGUUUCAUCCUGUUGAAGAAAACAAAGCAAAAACUAAACCUUAACGUAAUACUUCCACAAAUCAACUUACUUUCUCUG